CCGCGGCCGCUAUCCUCUUCGUGCUGUGUCUGGACUAUGAGCGAGUUCGCGCAAUUCAAGGAUCUUCCGGUCGAGCUGCUUCCACUGGUCGUGCUUCACGUCGUACGACCGAGCCAUCUCGCGGCGCUAUGUCUGGUCAAUAAGACCUUCUACACGUUCGCGGUCCCGCUUCUGUACGAGCGUGUUUUCAUCUAUGCAUGGCACAAGGAGGGAAAAUCCAAGGUUAUCAAACUAUUCAGGACCUUGGCAGAGUACGCACAUCUCGCUACAUUGGUGCAAACACUAGUCAUUCGCGAUUUCCCCAAAGCCUUACAAUCUGAGGAGCACGACACGAUCCUUUCACUCUGUCUACAAGGCGUCCGACACUGUGUCAAUCUCAGGGCUUGUACUUGGACGCGACAUGGCUCACUUACUUCUCGCGUUCUCGAAACUCUGCUUGACUGUCCCAAUUUAAGCGAACUGGAGCUCAACGGCCAGCAUAAUAACUUCUAUGAUCCUGGCCUUCUUCCUCGCUUUGACAAGCUGCGGAGACUGUCGCUCAUCAUGCCUAGCGGCCAGGUGGUCGACACAUUGCCUUCCUGGACGCGGAACACCAAAGAGACUCUACAGUAUCUGAGUCUGAUCUGCAAGUCUUCUACACGAGUCACGGACGGUGUACUGCACGACAUUGCGCCGCAUACAAUCAACCUAGAGUAUCUAUAUCUUGUCGGUUGCCCGAAGGUCACCCACGAAGGACUCUCAGCUGCUCUUUCUGGUAUCUACAAAGGCAUCGUCGGGCUCGGGAUGGAAGGUCUGUCGACCGCUUUCGAUAUGGGAGCUUUCAGCGAACACUGCAAUCGAGCGGGCACCUUGUCCCGCCUACGCUCGAUCACUCUGACAGUGGAUGAGCAUACUUCGCUCGCAGACUGGCAACGAGAUGUCUUGAGCCUCCUCGCAAACGUACCUCUGCAGCAGUUCCACAUAUCAACCAUUGGUGGCCAUGUCAAUCAUCGGCUGAGCGACGAAUUUUGCAAAGCCGUCGUCAGCGCACACGGUCAACGGUUGACUCGGUUCUCGGUGCAUCGCAUGCGGAUGGGCAUUGGCGCGAUCGCGGACAUAUGCACCCGAUGCCCUGUCCUGCAGCAGCUCUUCAUCGUUGUGGAGCAGAACGACAUGGAUACGCUUGGUUCCUGCCUAGCUAAGGCGCACAGGCUCAGAGCAGUUCACGUCAAUAGACCCCUUGACUUCGGCUCGGAGGAUGUCCCGAGGCAGUCCUACAACAAGAUUCUCGAGAUCGCCCGCGACUGCCCACCCACCGUCAAGCAGUUUGGCUUCAACACCCGCGUAUUCCAGGUGGAGCGGUCUGGGGUGCUUGCGGACGAUGGGGGUACCCGGACAGAGGUGAAAUUGGCCCCUUACGAGAAUCCAGAGAUCCCCGAGCAGUUUCUCGUCGUACGAACAUAAACGUAGCUUUUCGAGAGCUCGCUGGACCAUGCUAGGUAGAACGAAC